AUGGCGCCUUCCCUAUUUGACGACGAUUCCGACGUCGAGUUCCAGCUUGACGAUGACGCCCUGGACUUGACUCGAAACCUGUCCACCAACUUCCUCGAACUGUCCAUCACCGCCACUCGCAACGGCAACCCAUCUCUCUUCACUUCCGUCUCGCAGUUCACCGCCAUCCUAGCCCAGACAGGCAUCGAGGGGCCAUGGGAAACAAAGUCAAGGAACCUGGCCGAGCGCGCAGUCAAAAUCGGAGAAGGCGCACAGUUUACCGUCUUCAAGGAGCGGCCCUACUAUGCCGAUUUCAAGGCCCAUCCCCUCGUCAUCAAGCGAGUCAACGUGGACUUUGUGCGAAACGGAGACGGCCUCUUUGCGACCAGCCAAGAAUACCGGCUCCAUCUGCGCACCCUUGGCCUCGAGGUCAUGGCGCUCACUAACCCCUCGCUGCGAUCUCACCCGAACCUGGUUCGGCUGGUUGCCUGGGGGUACGACUAUCCGUACGCCGAUAUGCCUGUGCCCGUUCUCUACGUGGAAGCGGCAUUGAUGCCUCUGUCAAGAUUUCUCGCAGUGGACAGCGAAUACGAUUGCUCGGUCGACGUAAAGUACCAGCUCAGCCUGGACAUCGCGAAUGGCAUCGAAGCCUUGCACCAGCUGCGAAUAGUGCAUGGAGACCUGAAGCCAGAUAAUGUCCUCGUGUUCUGCACGCAGGACGACAAUGUUCCCUUCCGGGCAAAACUGAGCGACUUUGGGGUCUGUAUCGACUUGGAGACACCAGAUAGCCCGCUGGCUGUCAGCGAUUACCGAGGAACGCUGGGCUGGCUGGCUCCCGAGGUGGUCAAUGAAACCCUGGCGCGCUUCUGCCCUUUCCAGCCCGAUUUGAUGUUUCGCUUCGAUGCCUAUAGCUUCGGUCUGACUGUCGUUUCCAUUUUCGCAAACCAUGGCCAGCCACUUGCCGAUCAUCCUGCCGAGACGAUGUCGCAACUGCUCUCGCAAGACCUUCCAUUUGCCAUGCGCAUGAAGCUGCGCGGGAUUAUCCAGAGGCUUCUAGCCGAGGACCCAAGACAACGCCCACUCCCAUCGGCCGAACUCCUGAAGACAGACGCUCCGGCAUAUACGUCGUGGUUGUCGCUUUCCCAGGUGGACACUGGAAAGACGCUGAAUGACAUUGGCAUGAUCAACCCAGUCUACAACAGGGGGCCACUUUUCUGGCAGAGGAGCAAGAACUAUAUAAUCAAGGACCUGAUCAAGCAGUACGACAAAGCAAAGGACGGUUUUCCAGGCAGCGUGCUCUUUGGAAUGGCCCAGGCGGUUACAGGCUACGUGCCGCAUGUGCCUGGCCGCUUUGAAGCGUACUUGAUCGACGCCGCCAAAAAAGGUUACUCCCCAGCACGGGCUGUCUAUGAGCAGAUCAUGUCCGCUCGUCUACAUCCCUUGGAGUAUGACUUGGAGGUACUCGAGGAAUGGGUGUACCAAGCGGUGUCACAAGGGUAUCUCUUCGCCCGGCCAUCCGCUCUCACUGCAGACAGAAAGGAACAGGCUCUGAGGAAGUUUCGCGACAAUGGGGGUUUCUGCACGGAUCCGUUUCUCAAAAAGACAACGGUCACUGAAGCUGCUCGAAGUGCCGAAGGAGCACUGCUCUGGAUAGACAGGCAUGGAUUGGUCGUGGAUCAGAAGGGAAACACCAUUCUACACGCUGCCGCUGCGCUAGGCCGAGCAGAAACAGUUCGAGUCCUACUCCAGUCUGCAAAAGUAUCUGUCGACAUUGAAAACGAUGACGGAGAAACUCCGCUGUACAAAGCAGCUCAAGCUGGUCAUGCGGAAGUGAUUCAGCUUCUGAUCCAGUGGAGUGCGGAUGCAUCCCGGACUACGCGCCAGGCAAAAGUUUCUGCGCUUCAUUGGCUUUUUAUGCUGCCGGAAAUCUCGAUCCCUUCAAUCGCCGCACAACUAAUUGCAGCAGGGGCGAAUGUCGACUCUGUCAUUGAGCCUGUAGUGGGUGAGAAUGCGGAUGGGUUUCCCCAGAGACUGGACAUCUUUCAUUAUCCAUUUGAGCUUCCAUACGGGACACCGCUACACUGGGCCGCCUGCUUUCGCAAUAUCCUUGCAAUGGAGACACUCAUUAAUCAGGGUGCCCAAGUGGACGCUACAUACCACGACUCUGACAGCGGGUCAAGACCGCUCGCCUCGGCCACCUGGCUUGGAGACUUGGAAGUAGUCGAGUGCCUGGUCAAGCAUGGGGCUGACCCUAGACUGGUUGACUCCAAGGCGAGGAACGUUCUGCAUAGCAUGACCGAAGAGUCACCUACUCUGCACGGGUUCUUGCCUCGUCCCUGGCACGCGUGGAUCAGACAUGGCCGUUGGGAGACAUACAUGCAUCGGGUAAGCAAGCUGGUCCAGUUGCUUGUCGACGCGGGGACAGACAUCAACGCCAAAAGCAAGGUGUAUAACGGCCUGACACCAAUUGCAACUGCUGCCGACCCGAGGGCCUGGGAUGGGACUGUGAUCAUCGCUCUUCUAGAUGCUGGGGCAGACAUCGAGAGAGCAACUCUUUCAAAUGGAACGUCUGUACUCCACUCCUGGGCUGAGACUUGGGGAGAUCGCCUGAACUAUCCAUGCUCAUACAUUCCCACCUUCAAGCGCAUUUCCACGGCCAUGUCCAGCCUUGACGUGCGCCUGAGCUAUGACCUCGGCCAUAAAACACCGCUUCACUCCUUAUCCCAUGGCCAUCAACCAGAAGUAGUAGUAGUAGUAGUAGUGAUAUUUAACGCCCCGGGGAUCGCUAGGCGUACGCCUAACGUUCCAGACCUCCCUUAA